UCCACAGAGACGUUAGCCAACACUGGCUACGUACAAACUGGCUCCAGAUCAGCGCUUACAGAAAGCAUCAUACAGGAAGGCAGGAAGUCAAACUUGUCACUAACUGACAAAACUUGCAGACAUUAACAGUAAACGUAGCUACAUUUGGAAAUAUAGAAAUUCGAAUUUCGCCACUUUCUGCCCGCUCUGUGAGCUAGCCUCUAAAGAUGGACAAGCUUCGUCGUGUGUUAAGCGGCCAAGAGGAUAAUGAAGAGCUGGGUCUCACUGCACAGGUCCUUGAUGCCAGCACUCUCAGCUACAGCACCAGGGUGAAAUGGUUCGUCAUAUGCUUUGCUGGAGGCAUCCUGUGUUCAAUACUCGGUUCAGCACUGCUCUUCCUUCCAAAUGGAAUCAAGCUUUUCGCCGUCUUCUACACACUAGGGAACGUUGCAGCUCUUGCCAGCACCUGCUUCUUAAUGGGACCACUAAAACAGCUGAAGCGCAUGUUUGAGCCAACGAGACUGAUAGCCACCAUUGUUAUGCUGCUCUGCCUCGUCUUAACACUUUGUGCAGUGUUUUGGUGGCACAAAAAAGGGCUGGCUAUCAUCUUCUGUAUUCUGCAGUUUUUGGCAAUGACAUGGUAUAGCAUCUCAUACAUUCCAUUUGCCAGGGAUGCUGUGAUGAAGUGCUUCACAACCUGUCUGAGUUAGGACUCUUUAAUCCACAAUUUGUGAAGACUGGUCCUAAUAUGCAAACUGUAAGAAUGGUGGCUCUGUAAAAUAUACAUCUCUACUGUUUAUACACUAUAUCUCUGGAUUUUUACUAUGGCUUGUUUCAUACUGUGAAUCCUCGCUUUUUAAGUCUCGCUGAAGGUCUAUAACCAUAAUCAGAUUUCAGUUACCUUUUGCUUUUGAUAUGAGAGAAAUGAGUGCCUUUAAUGCUUAAUAUAUUUGAAGAUAUUCCAAUAUCUUCUGAGGAUUUUAUACCAUUUAAGUGCAGGGAAAUUAUUUUGACUUUGUUAUGAUUUACAACACAAGUGCCUUUACAUUAUAUAUUGUAUACAUAUAUAUGAAUAUGUUGAAAUUGACCAACCAUUCAUAUUUACAUCUAACACCCAGUGUGAGAUGACUUUUUUUUUCCUUCUGGAUUUUUAAAUAGUGUUCCGACUUCUUACACACAAACAUUAUUAAAACACAUUGUCCUUUUGUUUUCUGUGUGUGUGUGAGGCACUGAUGUAUAAAGAGGAUCUCAGAUGCUACUCCAUGUUUAUAUAUGAUUAUUUUCCCUUAGGCAAUUGAGGCACUGCUUCACUGAUGAUGCACAGGGAUAUAUGAUAUCCGCAGCUCUUUUGAGGUUUUUCCAGCUAAAGAGAUUAAAAAAAGCAGCUCCUGUCUAGUC